AUGUUUGCAUUCUCAUAUCCCACAACAUCAUACACCCCUUACUGGGGGCCACCAACAGCAACAAUAGAUUGGUGUGAAGAGAACUACCUCUUUACUCCGUAUGUUGCUGAAUUAAUUAACGCAUUUACCAAUGUUGGGUUUGUCCUGCUAGCGGUUCACCACAUCUACUCGACUUUCAAGAAUCAGCAUGGAAUGCUGUAUAUUUUUAUUAGCAUAGGAUUUGCAAGUGUUGGAAUUGGAAGCUUUAUGUUCCAUUCAACCUUACUCUAUGAACAUCAACUAAUGGACGAAUUACCGAUGGUCUGGGUCACAGCAAUUCCGUUUGGUUAUAUCUGGGGCUGGAAUAAGCGCCAACCCGCAAAGUUCCUGUGGAAUGCCGGUACGUUUUUGGUUACUUGCUGGUUUACGUACACAUACAUAUACAUCUACAGAAAUCCUAUUUUUCAUCAGGUCUUCUAUGCGGCACUAAAUUUUGGUGUCAUCUACAAAACCAUCAGAACUAUCCAAGCUGUUGUUCCUGAUCCAAGCAGCAGGAAAUUCCUCUAUAAAUUACUAACAUUUUCCUUUUCGUUAUUUGCGUUUGGAUUUCUGAUUUGGAAUCUCGAUAACGUUUUUUGCUCAACGUUGAUCCAUAUUAGAAGAGAUUACCUAGGUAUACCAUUAGGUUUCCUAUUAGAGGGCCAUGGUUGGUGGCAUGUUUUUACCGGUCUAGGAAUCUACUAUUUCGUAUUUUAUAAUAUGAUUCUGUCCACCUAUAUGAAAGGUAUGGGUGAUCAAUACUACAUUAAGAGAAACCUGUUUUUAGUGGAGGUGGCCAAAAAGGAUAAGGUAAAUUAG